AUGGAGUUGACCGGCAGAGAUAACCUUAAGGCCUGGGUGUCUGGGCCCCUGCCACCAGGCCUCCCCACUUGUCUUGAGCCCUUUCUGCACUGCCAGGUCACUGACGAGUGCAUCCGCCUCCUUGUCCCGCCAGCUGUCUUUGGCAGUGAUGAGGAAGAGGAGGAGAGUGAAAAGGAGGACAAGGAGAAGACGAAAGAGGAGGUGGCAGUGGUGGAGCAUGGUCAUGGUGGCCGCCGCGAUGUCCUUCAUGGCGGUGAUGACUCUUUGCAGUGGCAGCUCAAGCUCCAGCAUCUCAGAUACGAGUACGAUCGAACCAACCACGUCCUGUCCGUCCUGACUCUGCUUGACCGGGCAGACGGCGUCACACAGGCCACAGUCUCCCUCAAGGCGCAACUCGCCGCUUCCCAGAAUGACGACGAGGACGACGACAGGAACCAGCGAAACGGCCCCACCGAUAAUUACGAUAACAAUGAGCUAUCAUCAUCAUCACCGCCGCCGCAUCAGCAGCGCCACGCAUCAUUGCUCUCAGAUCUCGACAAGACACACUUCCUCCUAGACACCCUUUCCUCUAUCGAACGGCUCGGAAACCAUCCCAUCUCCGUCUGCGCCGGCGGCUAUACCUCUAAGUCUCCCGACGAAAGCUUCGGCACGCCCCACGACCCGAGCGUCGUCAUUCUCAUAUCCAUGUGCCGGAGCUUCAACAAUGCCGUCCAGGAGGCUGCCAAGGACUAUCUCUAUGCAUCUGCGGGGGCAGUGGCCCGCGUCAUCGUGCUGGACUUCCAGUACAAGGGCCGGGACACCGUCUGCUCCGAUCACCCUGCUCGCCUCGCGGGAGUCGCGCUCCGGAAAGCGAAUGGCAGAGCGCAACCCUAUCUGGAGUUUGAUGCGCUCCUGGACCACGAGGUGUCCCCCGACGCAAGCCCCCAGAUGGCAAUCCCCCUCGACGCUUUCGUCUCCAAGGCACACCGUCCCGCCGUCGCCACACUGGGAGAGUCAAUCGCCAUCCCGAGGCCCGCGCUGGCCGCCAUUGCCGGCAAGGUCAAGGCCUACUACUCGGAGCCCCGCCGCGGUGGUGAUGCGUGCAGGAAGCAGUUGCGGCGGGAGUACGCCUCGCAGCCCCCUCUGACGGACUUUACGUGGGAGAGAGAGAAGGAGGAGGUGGAGGUGCACAAGCACAAGCACAAGCGGAGAUUGGACUGA